UAAUUGAUAUUUCAAAGCUUGCUCGAUUGACUUUUCCUUCUCCAUUGAGUCGAGCAUCUUCCUUUCCUUUGCGAAAAGUCUCUUAUUUUGUCGAUUGACAUGGCUGUUCCAAAAGUGGACAAAAAGAUGCUUGAAGAACUUGAAACAAUGGGAUUUCCAAGGGCAAAGGCAACUCGAGCACUCCAUUAUUCUGGCAAUACUGAUGUAGAGAAUGCUAUAAAUUGGAUAGUUGAUCAUGAGCAUGAUCCUGAUAUUGAUGAGAUUCCGUUGGUGGACGUAGAUAUUGAGAUUGGUUCUUCUCAAUCAUUCCCUAUAACAGAAGAAAUGGAAAUCAAAGCACAGAAGCUAAGGAAGAAUAGUUCUCCUCAUUCGUUCCCUAUCACAGAAGAAUCGCAAAUCAAAGGACAGAAGCUAAGUAGGGAACAACUGCACAAGAUGAAAGAAGAGAAAGAAAAGAAAUUGGAGAUAGAAAGGGAAAAGGAGAGAAUCGAAGCAGGUAAGAAACUCAAUGAGAUGAAGCGAAUUGCUGAAGAAAAUGAAAGGCAACGACAUAUAGCCUUGCGGAAAGCAGAGAAAGAAGAAGAGAAAAGAGCAAGGGAAAGAGUCAUGCGGAAACUAGAACAGGAUAAGAUAAACAGAAGGUCUACACUUGGGUUGCCCCUAGAAGGCCAUCAAACCGUGAAAUCUUCAGCUACAACAGUACAAAAAGAACAGAAACUGCAGAAUCCAAGGCCUGUUUACACAGUUACAAAAGUUGAGCUCUUCAGAGAAUGUUUGAGGUCCCUCAAGCUGAACCACCAGGAUGAGCAAGCAAGAGUCAGAAGGGCCUUUGAAACACUCUUAAUUUAUGUUGGGAAUGUUGUCAAGAAUCCCAACCAGGAAAAAUACAGGAAGAUCCGAUUUAGCAACCCAUUAUUCCAGGAUAGAGUUGGGAGUUUGAUUGGAGGUGUGGAAUUUCUUGAACUAUGUGGGUUUGAGAGAACGGGUGACUUUUUGUAUCUUCCCGAGGAAAAGGUGGACAUAACACUACUAAAUUCAGCUGGAUCCGUGUUGGAGUCUGCUAUCACAAAUCCCUUCUUUGGACUUUUCAGUACUCGGACAGUGUCAUAAUUAUCUUUCACUUGAUCUUCAAUUGAACUCUUGAUGCUAGUAUGGAAACUGAUGUAUCUAUUUUAGGCCCCCCUGGAUCAAAUAAAGAAACCAUGUUAUGCUUUGGCAAUG